AUGCAGCAGCACCAGCAGCAGCAGCGGCUAGUCUGCUUCCUUCUCCUGUUGCUGCUUCAUAACUUCUAUAAUGCAUGCGCUGCAGUACUAACUGCAGCCCCGCGCGAUGCCGCCCCAGAGGUGAAGGCGACUGAAGACAUUGAGGUGUCUCUAUCAGAUCGCCGGGUGUAUCGUGAGGUGCUACUGCCUAAUAAAAUGCAGGUUAUGCUUGUGCAUGAGAAGAAUUGCGAAGAAGCUGCGAGCAAGCUGAAUACGCCCUUUUCGAAUUUUUCGGUCGGAAAUUUAGACAGUUUAGUGAGGGAGCCCAAGGCGAAGGGAAUUGACUUCGUUGAAGAAAUGAAAAGGUUUCACGCCAAGUGGUACUCCAGCAACCUAAUGACUGCCGUUAUCGUAGGAAGAGAGACUUUAGACGAGCUGCAGAAUCUCGCUGUCUCCUUCUUCUCUCGCAUCCCUAACAAUGAGACCCCUAAACCGCAAUUUAACGAAUGCUCGCUUUCUUAUCAGCCGUUCGCACCUCAAGAGCUCAAAACUCUCGUUUGCUUCAUGCUAACAGAAGAAGGGGCUAAGGAUGACUCCAUCGCCCUCAUUGGAAGCCUCUUCUUUCUUUACUUGAGGGCCAUCCGUCACUUUGGAGUGCAGGCGUGGCGAUAUGCUGAGCUCGCUGCACUUCGCCGUCAAGAGUUUUUGUUUGCAGAUGUUCCCGAUGCUUACGACCUCACUCAAGAUGUAGCAGAGGCGUUGCACUACUACCCUCCUCACGAAGUGUUGGCGGGGCCUUCUAGUUUAUAUGUUUUUGAUGAGUCUUUAAUUGUCUCCUUGAUAGAGCAUUAUAUUACUCCUGAUAAUUUACGUGUGUUUCUUCUAGAUAGGAACAGAGAAAUAGAAAAGAAAGAGACAGAAGAGACGACAGAGACAGAGGUAGAGACAGAACCGCGUUAUAAUAUUAUGUAUAAGAGACAGCCUUUAAAGGAGACACUUCUUACACAAUGGAGACACCUCUCCCAGCUAGACAAAGACAGUGUCUCUGCAGCAAUGCAGCAGCAUGAACUAUCUCUUCCUCCUCCUAAUCCCUACCUUAGCAGCAUCCUGCAGCUGCACCAGCAUCAGUUGCUGCUGCUGCCUGUACACCCCACACGUCUGGUGUAUGGACAGGGUCACCUCUGUGAAGAGACAGGCCCCUCCCCUCGCUGCAAUGUCUUCUACAAAGGAGACACUCAGUUUAACGUACCCAAGACUGCGGCCUUUGAUAGUGCUGCAAGAGCAGGCGUUGCGGUGUCUCUUGGUGCUGGAGUUGACGUAGCGGGCAGCGUGAGGCCCUUUGCUUUGGGGCUGCAUGCGUUUGGCUUCUCCCCAGGUGUAUCUGCAGUUCUGGUAGAGGUUGCAGAGUGUCUAGGCCAGCAGCAAGAAGCAGACAGCAGCAGCAGCAGCAGCAGCAAUGACAGUAGCAGCACCACCACCAGCAACAACGACAGCAGCAGCAGUAGCAGCAGCAACGACAGCAGCAGCAGCAGCAGCAGCAGCAAAAGGGGAGGGUCGAGGUGUCCCUUGAAUCCCUUCUUACAGCGGGCCUUACUGAAGCCAGCUUGGGAGGGGCUGGAGACAGCAGCAAAAGUUGCUGCUGCACAUAGAACACCAGCAGCACAAGCUGGAGACACCUUGCGUCGCUUUGUCUCCUCUCCCUUCUUCUCUCCGCAGCAAAUAUUAAAAGGCAUAGAGACACUUAAACAGCACCACCUGAACAAAGCACAAGCCCAAGCAAAGACAAGAACCGACAAGAAGACAGAGAAGGAGACAGAGAAGGAGACAGAGACACAGCAGCAAGAGACAGACACAGAAACAGAUGCAGAGACAGAGACAGAGACAGAGACAGAGAAGCAAAAGGAGACAGAGCAACGCCACCAACACUGGAGAGACAGUCUCUACGAAGAUGUCGUUCUCUGGGGACAGCGAGUGUGGGGCGAGGUCCACAUAGAGGGACUUAUACAGGGAGACCUGAAGGCUUCUGCUGCUUCUUCGCUGCUGUCUUCUGUUAUAUCUGCGCUGCCUAUACACCGCACAAUUGAUGCGGAGACAGCUGAGGCGGAGGUUAAAGUGUCUCCUUUAGAGAGCCUCAGCAGCUUUAAGCCUGAGGGCCCUUCUCGUGUCUCCUUAUUAACCCGCAGCGCGCCAAUAAGAAGAAUACAAAGCAAGCAACAGCAGCAGCAGCAGCAGCAGCAGGAGGAGGAGGAGACAGAAGAGACAGAGACACCAGACAUGCAGCAGCAGGGAGCAGCACAAAAGGAGACAGAGGACGUACAAUACCCACAAAAGGAGACAGAUAAAGAGACAGAGAAGGAGACAAGAAAGGAGACAGAGGGGGUUUAUAUUACAAAGAAGACAGAUAAAGACUACGUUGUGCAGGAGACAGUAGAGGAGACACAGAGACACCCGAGGAGACUUAAACUCUUACGCCUUAACAGCAACCCCUUCGAUCCUAAGAACCACAACCUCUUUGUUAUUGAGGUUGGGCCUGUAGAAAGGCUAGAGGAGAAAGCUUUAACAUAUCUAACAACAAGAGAAAUGUCUCAGAGCUUUUUUAAUGUUAUAAGAACAGACGAACAGUUAGGCUAUAAUCCACAUAUGGGGACACUUAGAUUAGGAGGGUUGUUAUAUUUUAUUUUUUCUGUCUCCUCUAGCUUCGAUCCGGUGUAUAUACAGCAGAGAUUUGAAGCAUUUCUAAUGCAGUACAGGAGACACCGCAUGCAAGAACAGCAGCUCAAUGAACUUAAAGAAGGAGCUGUCUCCUUUUGGAGUAGAAAGCCAAAGUGUCUCCUUGAAGACUUCUCUCUUAAUAUUACUCAAAUUAGGAGAAGACAAUAUCUCUUCAAUCUCCGCGACCUUAUGAAGGAGCAUAUUCAGAAGAUCAAAGUCGGGGAAGUAGAAAAAUUUAGAGAGGAGAAGAUGUUCGCUACACCCUCCGUUGUCGUUCAGGUGUAUAGUCAGCUUGAGGUCCCCAAAGAAGGGCCUCAGCAACCCGACAAGAUAGCUGCUGCACUGCAGCAGCAGCACCACCACCAGCACCUGCUGCAGCAACAGCAGCUGCAGCACCACCAGCAGCUGCAGCACCACCAGCACCUGCUGCAGCAGCAGCCGCACCAGCUAAUGCAGCAACAGCAUCAUUUGGUAUACUAA